CUUCAAUUUUGACAUUCAUUUUUAAGAUUUUAUUCAAUUUAAUCUAAUUUCCCAGGAAACAUCUAAAUAAAAAAUGAUUAAAUUAUGGAAGUCAGCAGGAUUGAGAAAUGUUGUUCAAAGCUUUCCUCUGCGAAAUUUCAGUCUCGGUGGAAUUUUUCAAGGCACUCACAAAAUGCCAGAUCGGUUGAAAGCCGUCGGUGAAUCUGAUGACCCAAAUUUUUACGAAAUGGUAGAGUACCAUUUUCAUCGGGCAGUUGAACUGAUGGAAGAUUCGUUUGUAAAAGAACUGGAGAAAUAUCCAAAUAUGACCCAAGAAGAGAGAGUAAAACGUGUCAAGGGAAUUAUUGGGGUAAUGGCCAAUUGUCAGACAGUUAUCGAACUCAAUUUUCCAAUUAAAAGGGAUUCGGGAGAUUAUGAAAUAAUCACUGGGUACAGAGCUCAUCACAAUACCCACAGGUUGCCAACAAAGGGAGGAAUGCGUUUCGGAUUGGAUGUAACAAGGGACGAAGUUAAAGCUUUGGCGUCUUUGAUGACUUUUAAAUGUGCUGCUUGUAAUAUUCCUUUUGGAGGAGCAAAAGCUGGUGUUGUAGUCGAUGUAAAUAAAUAUUCUGCACAAGAAUUGGAGAGAAUUACGAGAAGAUUUACAUUGGAAUUGGCUAAAAAGGGCAUGAUUGGUCCAGCAAUUGAUGUUCCUGCUCCCGAUGUCAACACUGGGCCUAGAGAAAUGUCCUGGAUGGCGGAUACAUAUUCCAAAACGUUUGGAAUGAAUGAUUUAAAUGCUCAUGGGGUUUGCACCGGAAAGCCAAUUAACCAGGGUGGAGUUCAGGGAAGAACAGAAGCCACGGGGCACGGAGUAUAUUUCGCAGUUCUAAAUUUCAUUUCUGAAGAAAAAUGGAUGUCUCAAAUCGGGCUCAGCACGGGUUUUAAAGGAAAAACUUUUAUCGUCCAGGGAUUCGGGAACGUGGGGCGUUUUACCGCUCACUAUUUUGUAAAAGCUGGAGCGAUAUUGAUUGGAGUUGUCUUAGAAAACAUAUCUCUCUAUAAUCCAAAAGGAAUUGACCCAAAUGCUCUAAUGAAACAUAUGGAUGCCAAAAAUACAGCGGAAGGCUUUGCAGGAGCUGAGGUUUACAAGAAGGGUAAUUUAAUGUACGAAAAGUGCGAUAUUUUCGUUCCUGCUGCUGGCGAAAAAUUGGUGAAGAAAAAAGACGCUGAAAAUAUUCAGGCAAAGAUUAUAGCUGAAGGAGCCAAUGGACCUUGUACACCUCUAGCAGAUGUGGUUUUCCAGGAAAGAAACAUAUUAGUGAUUCCAGAUUUAUAUAUGAGUGGAGGCGGUGUAAUAGUUUCAUAUUUCGAGUGGUUAAAAAAUAUAAACCACGUCUCUUUUGGAAGACUUCACUUCAAAUAUGAAAUGGAAUCCAACUAUCACAUUUUAGAUUCCGUGGAGCAAUCCUUGAAAGAGAAAAUGGGAGAUGUUAAAAUCAAACCAACUGCGGCUUUCGAAAAAAGAAUAGCUGGUGCAACAGAAAGAGACAUAGUGAAUACUAGUCUAGAUCAUUCGAUGGAACAUGCUGCUUUUUGUAUUAUGAAAUCGGCAGAAGAUCUCAAUUUGUGCCUGGAUGUUAGAAAAGCAGCCUAUUGUUAUGCAAUUAAAAAGAUUUUUAAAACCUACGAAGUUGCUGGAUUAACAUUUUAAAGAUGUACAUAAAUUUUUUUUGUUUAUAUUGAUUUUAAAUAAAAGUAAACAGAUAUACAUU